AUGAAGAACAGUUAUGGCAGUGUUGUUCCUGUCAGUUCUCGUGAUCCAACAAAGUUUCAACAUCAGGUAAUUGUAUUUUAAAAUAAUCGCUUCAUUAAUAUGACAGCAAAAUAUGUGUAGCUGAUGUACCCAGGUUUUCUACUCAAAGAGCGAAAAUAUGGACGCCUUUGGACGCCCAAAUUCUGGGGGAAAAGGGAAAUUAUUUUCAAUUAUUUCCGUAAGUUUAUUAAUAUGUCUGAAACGAAAUAGCUUCAGUUCUCAUUAUUAUUAUACAUUUGACAUUUUGAUCAAUUUGAUGUCAUAAUUAAGUAAAGAAACAUAGCGGCACACUCACAAAGCCAAGUGUGUUUGAAACAUUUCGAACGAGCUUGGAACAGAUACCGACAUGAAGUAACGUAAACUUCAAAGGUUUUCCAGAGGAACGUUUUCUCGACCCCCCCCCCCCCCUCCCCCCCCCCUUUACUGUGGAUGUAUUGUUAUAUCAAAAUUGGACGCCCUCUUUUAGGACCCUGGCUAAAAGCCUGGGGGCGUGCACAUUCUCUGCCUUAGGUCGACUUCAGUUUUAUGUUGUAUCAUAUAUAGUUAUUACAUACAUUGUAAUUAUAAUAAGUUAUUGUUUACACAGGGUUUUGGUGUGCUUCUCAUGGAAGAAGCAGAAAGGAUUGCGAGAGAUGAACAUGGCAGUGAGAGAAUUGCAGUCAUCUCAGGUAAACAAACCCUGCUGUAUAGAGGUGGUGAUCCCUUAAAAUAUCCACUCUGA